AAGACAACUGUCAAAGUGUCAUAAAAUUCAACAAUAGUUUUUAAAAGGAAAUAUUCGGAAAAAAAAUAAUGAAUACCGAAAAUAGAUAUCCUGUUACUGCUUCAUUAUUCAUGUUGAGAGAAAUUAAACAGCGUCAAGAGAAAGUAACUCGUGGAUACCAAUUAUUGAAAAGGAAGACCGAAGCCCUACGUAUUAGGGGUAGACAGGCGGCCGUGGAAAUGUCUGCCACACAAGCCGUGCUGGGACAUACUCUCAGAGAGGCAUACAUAUCUUUAGCAGCUAUUAAAUUUACAAAUGGAGAAUCUAAUGCACUAGUUCUUGAAAAUGUUGGGCAGGCACAAAUCCGCGUGCUUAGAACACCAGAAAACAUAUCCGGUGUUGCGACAGUAUCUCUUCAGGCUGUAGAAGAUUUGACAGCCAGUGACACGCUGCAGUACGCAGGACUCGGCGCCGGCGGCCAUCGCACCACCGAAGCUAAAAAAGCUUUCAGGGAAGCUGUACGAAUUCUUGUUAAAUUCGCGUCUCUAAGGAACACAUGUUUACUACUAGAUGAAGCGAUUAAAUCGACAUUACGCAAAGUAAACGGCAUCGAAAAAGUUAUAAUGCCAAAAUUACGCAACACGGAAACUUACAUACUCAUGGAAAUGGGAGAACAAGAAAGGGAAGAAUUCCAUAGAUUAAAAAUGGUAAAAGCGAAGAAAAAUCAAAAAAAGAUCGUUCAAAGUCAGAGUCGCGACGACGAAGAGUCUAUCUAUUCUCACGCACUCGUUUCAGACACAUCCAACCCGCCUUGUACCCGAUUCUUCCACACAAUUCUGUAUCAACGCACAGACCCGAUAUUAUCCCAGUCGGAUUCCGCGGGAGAUGGUAACGUCAUCUGCUACCCUCAUAAUUGGGAUGACGAAGAUUUAUUGUUUUAAUUUAUUUUUUAGAUGUGGAAUCUCUUAGUUCUCCUGUUUAUCAUUUUUUUUUCUUUUAAAGAUGUUAAUCCAACUCUAUGCAACAAUAAAGUUUAUUUUUAAAAUUGUU